GCAUCACUCCGCGCUUUCAACGACCGGCUGGUCUGGACAUGCCGCAACUGCCCGACCCACGUGUCUCCCACACCAUUGAAAUCGAGUUCAGUGAAUGCGGCGGAGAUAACCCCGAGGCCUAUCGGGUUGUGCAUGAGCAACGUGGAUCCCGCCGGUUCUUGCGCCUUCCCGAUCUGGGUGCGUGCAAGGGGGUCGCCGCGGCGUUCGAGGCAGCUUCGCCCAAGAAACGCAUAUAUAUCCAGGCCCGCUUCGAUCCGGUCUGGAUGUCUUGGACACCUCUGCUCAUCUGAGACCUCCAAAAUGGAUUCCUUCGUUCACCUCACCACCGUCACCUGCCAGGACACUGCACAAUCCAAGAUUCGUAACAUCUACCAGGUCUACAUCAACGCUGCCGAUCUCAGCGGACCUACACCCAAGAGUGAUCUCAAGGCCCAAUGGCACCAGUUCUUCAAGGUCAUGACCACUUGCGUCUCCCCAGUGGAAAUCGUUGCACAGGUCACCGAGCGCACCCUCGCAGCAGCUACCCGCAUCGGCAUCGACACUAUCGACGAUCAGGUUGCCGUCGCUCGAGUCCGUCUUGAGCCUGCCUUCUUUGACCAAUACUUCAAGCACCUUCGUACCGAGCCCCUAGACGACAAGGAGAACACUCUCGGGUUGAUCAAGGCCAUGUUUUCGAUCAAGGGAUGGGGAGCCGCCACCAAACGCUCGGCUCAAGGUUUCCGAACGAUCAAGGCACUCGAGGACAAGGGUCACAUCCCCUCCAUGAUCGCCAUGAUCGAGCAUUACAUCGCGGCCGAGAAAUACAUCAAUGUAUUCGAGCUCAGCACCAAACUCGCAGCCAAGGGUAACAUCCAGGGCCAUCACUUCCUGGGCUGGACUCAUUUCCAUGGCAAGGGAACUCCCCAAAACUACACACUCGCAGUCAAGCAUUUCAACAUUGCCGUCGGGUCCAACCACCGCUGCUCCCAGAAGAUCCUCGGCGACUGCCAUUUUUACGGCCUCGGUGUCGCCCAGAGCUACCAAGUCGCCUUUGCCUUCUACCUCUGUGCCGGCCUCGCUGGAGAUCCAGAAGCAGCCUUCCAGCUGGGUGAACUCUACAAGAACGGCCUUGGAAUCGAUACCGACGUCAAGAGUGCUCUCCUGUGGUACGACCUGGCCAGCAACGGUGGAAACAUCGAUGCCUGUCGGACCCUGGGUGAGAUCUACCUCACCGGCACCAUCGCCCCUGCCGACGCCACCAAGGCUGUCAAGCUCUUGCAGACCGCUGCCGAUGCGAAAGAUCCAAAGGCGUGCUACUUGAUGGGUGAAAUCUACCAUUACGGCCGCCACGGAGUCGAAAGGGAUUACACCAAGGCGACACCCCUCUUCCACAUUGCAGCCCUCUCUGGACAAAACUCGGAUGCCGAGUACAUUGUCGGCUACUUGCACGAAAACGGCAUAGGCUCGACCAAGGACCUUCGUAAGGCGGUUUAUUGGUACAAAAAGUCUGCCAACAACGACAACCCAAACGGCCGGUUCGGGCUCGCUCGGAUGAUGCUCAAGGGAGCUGGUGGCAUCAAGAAGAAUGUCCAGGGUGCGAUCGAUACCCUCGUUGCGUCGGCAGCACAAGGUCACCCUGGUGCUUCCUACGUUCUUGGCACUCUCUGGGAAACCAAGGCCAUUACCGAGCCAGGCAAGGAUAAUUACCAAGAAGCUAUACACCUCUUCACCGUCGCAGCCAACGGUGGCUAUCACGAAGCUCAAGCCCGCCUUGGCAACAUAUACUUCCAGGGAGACCGAGUCUCCGUGGACUUUGCCAAGGCAUUCAAGCUUCUUUUGGCCGCAAGCGAUUCGGACGAAGACAAUGUCAUCAAACAGACUCACAAUCUCGGCGAGUGUUAUCUGCAUGGCUUCGGGGUCCGUCGCGAUGUCCCCAUGGCCAUCGUUGCUUUUGAGCGCGCAGCCAACGCUGGAAACACCGAGUCCCAGUAUCAGCUCGGCGUCAUCCAUACCCGUCCUGGGUCGUAUGGAUGGUAUACCGACUACAAUAUCGCAGCCAAAUGGCUCACUAUGGCGAGCACCAAGAACCACGCCGAAGCCCAGUUUGAACUCGCCGAACUCCAUUUCUACGGCCGAGGCAUGACGGAGCCCGAUACGAAAACCGCCAUUGUACUCUAUCAAAAGGCCGUCGAUAACAACUGCGAGAAGGCUCAGUUUAUUCUUGGCUUUCGUUAUUCUUUUGGCGCUAAUGACAUUCCAAAAGACCCAUCUACGGGCUUGGAGUACCUCAAGCAGGCACACGCCAGAGGUCAUUCAAAUGCCACUGCCGCCAUUGGAAUGCAUCAUUAUUAUGGUACUGCUGGCUGCACAAAGGACUGUGAGAGAGCACUUACCCUCUUCAACGACAGCGCUGCCCGCGGCUCCGCUCUCGGUCACUUUUGGGUCGGUAUGUUCUUCUACGGUGGUGUUGUUGUGGAUCAAAACUUUGAUAUCGCUUACAGCCACUUUACCAAAGCUGCUUGCAUGAGAUUUGCACCAGCGUUCAGAGCUAUUGCACGUUAUCAUGAACUUGGGUUGGGUGGAUUCCCAGUAUGCUUGUUGAGUGCUCGAGACCGCUACCGCACGGCCGCCCGUCUAGGUGACACCGGUGGUGCUGAAAAAUUCAAGGCCUUGUCUGCUCAGCUUCAUGUUUGCGAUUCCUUCGACCCUAUCGAUGAGAUUGACCCAUUCACUGAAUAAAGGUUUGAGUCCUUACACCGACAGGACCUGUACAUGAUAAGUAAUCGUGGCACCGGAAGGCGAGUUGGCCAGUGUCUGGAAUCCCAGAGUGGGCUGGCCGUUCGCAGGCCAUGUAAUCUCUAGCGACUCACCAUUCGAUCCCUUUGCACUGCUGAGUCGUUGCACGGUGCCAGAGAUACCAGAGCGAGCACUCAUGAUGAAGGUGGCAGCCGCUCCGCUGGACACAUUGUCACGGACAAGGAUCAUGUAGCUGCCGUGAGUGGUGGU